GUGAGAGUGUAUGAUGGGGAGGGACCUCCUGUUUGCUGUCUUUGCAACUAGCAUGUAGACGGCUGCCAGCACUACAAUGAGCUUCACUGAGAAGUCGCGAAAGUCUUGGAUUGAGGAAACUUUCUUCAAGAGAGAAUGUGUGAAGUUUAUUCCUUCCUCUUGGGACCUGCACAGAUGCAUUCCAGUAUGUCAAGUAUGCCAAAACUUGAUCAGAUGUUGUUGUGGCCGCCUUAUGGGGGAACACUCCUGGAAAGACUUUGUUCCUCCUAUAUCCUUCUGUCCUGGUUCUGAUCAGGAUGUGAAAGAGGUCUGGUCCGUGCAGGUGCAUACCAGAGCCAGUCCCACAGACACCUAUGGGAUCGUAGACUUUCAAGACACUGCCACGCGUGUUUGUCGGGCCAAGUAUGCCCGUGUGGCUGUGGACUCCAAGCCAGAAGCCUUGCUCCAGCUCAUGCUGAGGGAAUGGCAGAUGGAGAGACCCAAGCUUCUUCUGACCGUCCAGGGUGGCUCUGAAAACUUUAUCCUGCCCCCAAAAGUUAAGCAGGCUUUCAGCAAAGGGCUGAUGACUGCUGCUCUCAGCACAGGAGCAUGGAUACUAACAGAUGGAAUAAAUACAGGUGUGUCCAAGUAUGUAGGUGAUGCAGUGAAAAUAUUUGGAGGCCAUGACCUAAGGAAGAGAAACACAGUUGGCCUCACACCGUGGGGAGUGAUUGACAACAACAUGGACCUCGUAGGCCGAGAUGUGUUCAGGCCCUACCAGCCACUGGGAAACCCUCUGAGCAAAAGAGCCUGUCUUAAUGGUUUCCACUCUCACUUUCUGCUGGUGGAUGAUGGCACGCUGGGAAAACAUGGCUGUCAGCACAGCCUAAGGAGGAAACUGGAGAAACACAUCCAGCUGCAGAAGAUACAUCCUCGACUAAACCAAAGAGUACCUGUGGUGUGUGUGGUGGUAGAGGGAGGUCCAGCCAUUGUGUCUACAGUGUUGGACUAUGUUAGCAAUGUGCCCCCGGUGCCGGUGUUUGUGUUUGAGGGAUCGGGCAGAGCUGCAGACCUGCUUGCCUUCUUACACAAGCAGACUGCCAAUGAUAGGCAGUUGGAGGCUGACAUCAAGGAGGACUUCCUUGACAGGAUCGGGAAUGUGUUUGAAGUUGAGAGGACAGAAGCUACUAACCUUUACAAUCUCCUCUUGCAGUGUAUGGAUCACAGAGAGUCUAUAACCAUCUUUGACUCGGAUUCAGAAGACCAUCUGGCACCAGAUGUAGCUAUUUUGACUACGACACUCAAGGGCACCAAGGCUAGUCAAGCAGGGCAGCUGAGUAUGGCUUUGGCAUGGGACAGGGCUGACAUUGCACAGAAAGAUGUUCUGGUUUAUGGACAGCACUGGCAGGUUGGCGCCUUGGAACAAGCCAUGCUGGAUGCUCUCGUGAUGGACCGUGUCAGUUUUGUCAAAAUGCUGAUCGACAACGGCAUGACAAUGAACCGCUUCCUCACUGUGGAUCGCCUGGAGGAGCUCUACAAUACACCACAAGGGCAGACUCAGCGCUUCCUGCACCACCUUGUUGAAGAUGCAAAACAGACUUCUCUUCCCAUAGGCUACCAUCUCUCACUCAUUGACAUGGGCUUGGUGAUAGAGUACCUCAUAGGAGGAGCGUACCGCAGCACCUACACAAGGAAACACUUUAGAGCUGUGUACAACCGCAUGCAGAACAAAUUGGGUAGACGAGACAGCUCAGGCUCCUUCUCAAAACAGAAACGAGGACUGAGAACGAACUCAAAAAUGAGCAGUAGUGUGCCGGACCUGCCUUUCUUUAGGACUGCCCAGCCCUACAAGCGCAAGGAGCAAGAUGCGUCACCUGGAAAUCAUCAAGAGAAAACACAGAGUCCAGAACUUGAUGAAGCUUCACUACUAGUUCCUUUCAACUUCAACGACCUGUUUGUGUGGGCCGUCCUUCAGCAGCGGCAGCAAAUGGCAUUGUUCCUGUGGCAACAUGGAGAAGAGGCACUGGCACGAGCCCUUGUGGCCUGUAAGCUGUACCGCUCCAUGGCCUGUGAGGCACGGCAGAGCAGCAUGUACGACAACAUUGCAGAGCGAUUCAAGGCAUAUUCACUUGAGUUUGGCCAGCUGGCUGUGGAUGUGUUAGAUUUUGCAUUUCGGCAGAAUGAACAAAUGGCCAUGAAACUGUUAACCUCCGAGAUGGAAGCAUGGAGCCACUUCACCUGCCUGCAGCUGGCUGUCUCCUCAUGCCACAAAACAUUUGUGUCGCACUCCUGCACUCAGACCCUCCUCACAGAUCUUUGGACUGGCCCACUCAACAUGAGUAAAAACUCCUUUUUGAAGAUAAUUUUGAGCCUUCUUCUGCCCCCUGCCAUCUUGCUGCUGAAUUUUAAAAGCAAAGCUGAAAUGUGCCAUGUACCACAGACCCAUGAGGCAACGCUUUUUGGACUUGAUUCUGUCAAGUCAGUGCCAGCCACUGAGGGAUCUGAUCACAUGCACAAUCAGGAUGCAGAGCAAGGGCUCUCGCCCCCUGACAAAUGUAUUGGUACUGGAUCAGAAACUAUGUCCAGGGCAACUGUGCAGUAUCUGGCCUGGAUCACAAGGCUCUAUGAUUUUUACACAGCUCCUGUUGUCAAGUUCUGGUUUCACACAAUGUCCUACUUGGCCUUUCUGAUGUUGUUCUCCUACGUUGUCCUGGUGAAGAUGGAGGAUCAACCAAGUGUUCAGGAGUGGCUGGUCAUUGCCUACAUUGUGUCCACUGCAGUUGAGAAAACCAGAGAGGUAUUAAUGUCUGAGCCGAGGAACCUGAGCCAGAAGCUGAAGAUUUGGUUCUCAGAGUACUGGAACAUAUCAGAUUUUACUGCUAUCCUCCUCUUCCUGAUUGGACUUGCGUUGCGUUGGAAUGUUAAUCCCUACCGAACUGCAGGACGCGUUGCUUACUGUCUGGACAUCAUCUUCUGGUUUGUCAGGGUGAUGGAUCUGCUGGCUGUCAAUCAGCAUGCUGGCCCUUAUCUCACUAUAAUCACCAAGAUGACGAGCAACAUGUUUUUCAUUGUGAUUAUGAUGGCGAUAGUGCUGCUUAGCUUUGGGGUGUCCAGAAAGGCCAUUAUUUCACCAGAUGAGGAGCCGUCAUGGAGUCUAGCUCGUGACAUAGUCUUCCAGCCCUACUGGAUGAUCUUUGGAGAAGUCUAUGCAGGAGAAAUAGAUCUAUGUGACGACAACGAGUCAUGUCCUCCGGCAUCCUUUGUUAUACCAUUCCUCCAGGCUGUCUACAUGUUCUUCCAGUAUAUCAUCAUGGUCAACAUUCUCAUUGCAUUUUUUAACAACAUCUACUUUGACAUGGCAUCAACAUCCAACAAGCUAUGGAAGUACAACCGUUACCGCUACAUAAUGACCUAUCAGGAGAGACCAUGGCUGCCUCCACCCCUUAUCCUUCUCAGUCACAUGGCUCUUGCUUUGAGAGCCAUCUAUGAGAAAUUUAAUGGAGACACUGAGCGAGAGGAGAGACGGUCUGGCCUUAAGCUCUAUCUUGGCCAUGAGGAUCAGAAGAAGCUGCAUGAGUUUGAGGAGAAAUGCAUAGAGGCCUAUUUUCAUGAGAAGACUGAAGCCCUCCAUGGCAGUCAAAUAAACAGGAUCAAAGCCACAACCGAGAGAGCAGAAGAGAUGUGUGUGAUGAUCGGGGAAGUCUCAGAGAAGGUCAACUUUAUUCAGGACAGCUUGUCAGAGUUGGACUGUCAGCUAGGUCAACUCCAGGACCUUUCGGCGCUGGCUGUGGACACCCUCACUCUGCUCUCUGCUUCUGACAGCCUGCAUCAGAAAGAGGCCCGUCUGGCUCAGUGUCGGCUCAUCACAGCAUCCCGGCACGUCCUCCCUCACAGCUGGAGCCUCCCACACAGGACUGGAGCUGAAUGUGAUGUUCCUAAUAUGCAACGACUGAUGGUCAAAUCAAGUAAAAGUACCCCGCCUUCUUUGCUAAAGGGCUCUGCUUUAGCAGCAAAUAGACUAACAUUAGAGGAAUACCACAUAGGAACCAACGGAAGCAAGGAAGGAAAGCUUGGAAGAGCUGAGGGGGCAGAGGAAACAGCAACAGAGGAACCCCAGUCUGCAACUUUCAGCCAUCCCAGUGAGAUCUGGUCAGGAAACUCUAGAACUGCUUCACAUGCUUUCUUCUCCCACUUUCAUGGUGGUGGAGCUCAUCUUGGUGUGAGGGAUCAGACACCCUCUCAGUCAUGUGAAUCAUCCCGCUGUGGGUCCCCUCUUUCUCCCAGAGGCUUGGGGUCACCACACCAUAGACCCUGGACAUGUGACCCAUAUUUAUAUCCAAGUCAGGAGGAAACUUCCAUGGAGGAGGAGGAGGAGGAAGAAGGAGAAGGAGAAGAAGGAGAAGAAGAAGACGAAGACGAAGAAGAAGAAGAAGAAGAAGAUGACGACGAUGAAGAAGAAGAAGAAGAAGAAGAAGAAGAAAAAGAAGAAGAAGCGCAACAGGAUAAAGAGAAAGAAGAGGAAAUAAUGCAGGAACAGCUGUCAAACACAGAAGACAACAUCCAACCGAAUUUACGGUCCAGAUCUGCCAGCCAGUGGAGAAGACCCUUGCUAUCCCCCAGGUGGGCUAACAUGUCCAGAGAGCGUCCCUUUGGCUACUGCAGAUCUCUGUCAUCCAGCAUAGAGAAUAUGACUUUCUCUGUAGCAGCCCACGGUCCAAUGACAGAAUCAUUUCCAUAUCUUAAUGAAGCACUAAACAAGGAACGGAUGUCUAGUAGGAGGGGCUGUGGUGAUGGGACGUCUCUCCAGUGCAGCAGGAGCCAAGAGUGGUCCAAGUCCUCUGACUUUACCCAAGUCCUGGACAACAGAGGCAAAAGCCACAACAGGAAGACAGUGAAGAUAAAAGAGAGCUCUCCAGAUACAGUAACCAUGCAGUCCCAUUUGUCUGAUGCCUCAUGGAGGAGGCACCAAAGGUUUAUAGGAGAACCUACAUGUUGGUCAGCUUCAACCAGCCUCAAUCAGCUCAAUUUUGAUCCUGCAGAUUUGUUGCAGAAGCAGGUGUUUUCCCAUCAGGACAUGUGGAGCCCCACUCAUUCAGCAUGGAAUAGCUGGGCCAGAUCAAUGAGCCGUAGAUCUUCUUUACAGAGUGGCUUGUCACCUGAAGCCAAGAGCCCCUCAUUUCAGUCCAGUGACAAUUUGUACCCACAUUAUUCAGCCAUGGAAAGAAACAAUCUGAUGAGACUGGCUCACACCAUCCCUUUUACUCCUGUUUCCAUUUUUGGUGGUGAAGAGGUGAGUGUCUACUCUCUGGAAGAAGUACCCCCUGACACUGAUUCUGAGUCCAGCUCAGUCUCUUCCUGGUCCUCCCGAGGCCGGUCUGCCAUGCUGAAGCCCCUUCUGAGUGAAGAAGGCACUUUGGAUGGGGGUCUCCGGCAAGGCUGCAGAAUGCUGUGUACGUGGGCCGAGCAGGAUGUACUCACACCUGGUCUGGUAUAUGUUGUCAAAGCCUUUAAGCCUGAGGUGGUUCGUGCCUGGCAGAGGUAUUUCCAUGGUAGCACUGCGCUGCAGCUUUGUUUGAGGGAUAUCCAGCAGCAGAGAGCAGCCCAGAGAAUGAUGCAUGUGUUUAACCAGAUCAAACCUAAGGAAAUGCACCACUCACCGAGAUUUCUGGAUGUAUUUCUGGUCCUCUGGCAUUCUAAUGGCCAGUGGCUUACUAUUGAGAGGAACAUGACCGGUGACUUCAGAAAAUACAAUAACAACACAGGAGAAGAGAUCACCCCCUGCUGUUCGCUGGAGGACCUGCUGCUGGCGUUCUCUCACUGGACCUAUGAGUACUCACGCAGAGAGCUGCUGGUGCUUGAUAUACAAGGGGUGGGAGAGGAGCUAACUGAUCCAACUGUCAUUACGGGAGAUGACCUAAGUGGUAGCAGGAGUGAGAUGCUUUUUGGUCCCGAUAACCUUGGAGAUGCUGCAAUCAACGGUUUCCUGCAGAAACACACUUGCAAUUUCUGCUGCCACAGACUGGGCCUAAAAGAUUUUAGAAGGCGUCCAGGCAGCUGUGAGAACAACAGUAAGGCAGAGGUGGCGUUGGGGAGUGAACAUCAAGAGGACGAUGAAACCGAGGUGUAACCUUUGACUCAAGAAAUACGGAAAUAAAGAUGCAUGCACUUUUCUUACAAAGACGUAGUACUAAAAUGUUCUUUAAUUGUAUCCUGUGCUAGUCCAGUCCUUUAUAGUGUGAACAAGGAGAUAAAGCAUCAUAGAUCCCAUGACAGAUAUGUGUCUAGACACCAGAGGUUAUUAGGAUUAAUCCAGUUCAUAAGAAAGUUUGUAAUAUAUUCUUUCAGAGGUUUUAGUGAGACCUUUAAAAAAAAAAGGGCUUUGCUGUGAAAUAAUUGUAUACAAACAUAGUUUUUUUUU